AUGCAGCUCACCAUGGAAGAGAUGUAUUUUAGGUCGGUACUCGAGCAAGUCCAACUGGAAGUGCAUAAUUCUCUCAUAUGCCUACCAAUCUUCAGGGACUCAGUACUUAGUUUAUCCAAGCAAAUACCUGAAAUCAACAUAUCGGAAGAGAAACUUGGAGCCGAGCUGCAGGAAGAUAUAGAUGUCUUAGAGGAUUUUAAGAAAAAGCUCGCUGUGCGCGUGGGACGUCAAAACAUAACGAUUAGUAUUGGAGAAAUCGAGGCGAUAGAGUUAGCGGCCCGCAACAUGAGAGAGAAAUGGGAGGAGAAGGUGACAAUGUUAAAAGCAGAAGAGGUGUUACUUGAGGAGGCAUUGCAAGAGGCAGAGAAGUCAUUUAUCGAGGCCGAAGAGGCAUUAAAAAAGGCCCAAAAAGCGUGGUACGAUGCGGAGGCGGUAUGGCACGCUGCGGCAUUUGAGUUAGCAGAUUCGAGAAUUCCUGAGUCGGAUGAGUCGGAUGAGGAAAGUCAACUACUUCAGCAAGAAAUAGAAGAGACAGAAGAGACAGAAGCGACAGAAGCGACAGAAGGCGAAAGCUAG